CUCCAGUCGGCAUUUUGGCUCACGCUUCGCCUCGCUGGGUCGGCCCCCGUCCCGCUGCGUCGCCGAUGCCUCCGACGGCGGACGCCCGCGCUGCCGCGCCCCUGGAAGCUGCGCGCGGCGCGGUCCUGGCGGUGCACGCGGCCGCUGGGCUGGCCAGCAGCGCCGAGCUUCGCGAGGUCGCGAGGAUCGUUCGUGCUGCUGAAGGACUUUUUCGGACGGCGGUGGCCUUGCUGGCCAGGCCCACACCUCCAGCGCCAGCCGCGGCGCCCUCGGCGAAGCCCGCAGCCGCUCCUCGGCGGCGGCGUCGGCCUCGCGGCCGCGGUGGCUCGGCGCGCAUGGCUGUGGAUGGCGAGCAGGCGGUCGUACCCGACGGAGUCGACGGAGGUGGCGGAGCGCAAGCGACUGGAGCAUCGAGGGCUGCUGAGGUCGACUCGCCGAUGCUGGAGGAGGAUGACAGCUGGGCCGACGCGCUGGUGCGCGGCAGCCCGCCUUCCAGCACAGGGGGGCGCAAAGGCAAGGGCAAGAGCGCCACCCUGGCCACGGAGGUUCAGCCUGGCGGAGCAGCAGCGGCGGCGAUCCUGGCCGCCGCCGAGGGCGACCGCGUCCGCCUCCCCGAUGGGCAGGAGGGCACGCUCUACUGCGCUGGGCUGGGCGGCCCGAUCGAGGCCGAGGACGGCCAAGUGCUCGUCCUCUUCACCAAGGGCCGCAAGGCGAUGUGCCGCAUGGUGGACCUCGACGGCCUGGUGCUGGCGCCUGGCGCCCCGCCACCGGGCCCCCGCGGAGGUCGCGGAGCCGUGCGGGGAGCCGCGCGCGCUGCCGGCUCCGGAGCGGCGGGGGGAGGGCGAUAAUGCCCCGUGGAGGGGCCGUCCUCCCCCUCAUCGUCUUCCUCUUCGCCGUCGCGGUCGCGUACGGCCUCCUCUUGCUGCACUUCUGAUGCAGGCUGGGCGCGCGCCCGACCCGCGCUUCCGCGGCUAGUCUUCUUCUUUUUCUUCCUCCUCCUCCUCCUCCUCCCUCCUCCUUCCUUUUCCCGUCAUCCUCCCCCAUCUUCCUUCUUUCCUCCUUCUUUCUCCCUCGGGCGCUUGGUCCGCCAGACAGGCCACCGUCGGCAACAGCUCUGACGGCUAGGGCGUGGCCUCGGCGCCCGAAUUCGGGCAGUGGAGGGAGAAGGGAGG